AUGCCCUUUGCGCUCCGGCUCGGUGGUUCCCCAGCGCUUCGCCUCGCUGCCGCGCGCCGCGCGGGCCCGCGGCCCCCGGCGUGGCUGCGCUUCGGUGGCGGGGCCGGGGCGCGGAGGGGGCUGCUCUGCUCCGUCGAGGCCGCCAGGAGGGGUGGCGGUGACGAGGAUGCGGAAGCGGAGGCGGAGGAGGGUCGGAGGGGAGGCGGGAGCCGCGUGCCACCGGAGAGGAGGAUGAGGGGCGGGGGUAACGCGGCCGCUGCCGCGGUGGGGACGAGCGUCGAGCUCCUGGCGAUUCCUGGUGUGGGGCCGCGCAACCUUAGGAAGCUCGUGGACAAUGGCUUCGAGGGCGUCGCCCAGCUCAAGCAGCUCUACAGGGACAAGUUCUUUGGCAAGUCUAGUGGGCAGAUGGUUGAGUUCUUACAGUGCUCUGUUGGCAUUGUACAUAAGAAUCAUGCUGAGAGUAUAACCUCAUUCAUUAAAGAGAGUGUUGAUGAGGAGCUGAAAGAUACAGAUUCAUCUAAACCCACUCAGAAGAAGAGGCUGACCUUUUGUGUGGAAGGGAACAUCAGCGUUGGGAAAACCACUUUCCUCCAAAGAAUAGCUAAUGAGACAAUUGAACUGCGUGAUCUUGUAGAGAUAGUUCCUGAGCCUAUUGAUAAGUGGCAAGAUGUUGGCCCUGAUCACUUCAAUAUAUUGGAUGCCUUCUAUGCUGAGCCACAUAGGUAUGCAUACACUUUCCAAAACUAUGUGUUUGUGACAAGGGUCAUGCAAGAAAGGGAAUCUCAAGCUGGAAUAAAACCUCUCAGACUGAUGGAAAGAAGUGUAUUCAGUGAUAGGAUGGUAUUCGUCCGUGCUGUUCACGAAGCUAAUUGGAUGAAUGAGAUGGAGAUCAGCAUCUACGAUUCCUGGUUUGAUCCAGUUGUGUCAUCACUCCCAGGUCUCAUCCCAGAUGGAUUUAUCUAUUUAAGAGCUAGUCCAGAUACUUGCCACAAAAGAAUGAUGCAUAGGAGAAGAUCAGAGGAAGGUGGUGUUUCACUUGAUUACUUGCAAGGUUUGCAUGAGAAGCAUGAGAGCUGGUUGCUUCCUUCGAAAGGAUCGGGUCCUGGUGUAUUAUCGGUCAGUCAACUGCCCAUGCAUAUGGAGGGCUCCUUGCCUCCAGAAAUACAGGAUCGUGUAUUUUACUUGGAAGGAAAUCACAUGCACUCUAGCAUCCAGAAGGUUCCUGCUCUCAUCUUGGAUUGUGAACCUGAUAUUGAUUUCAGCAAAGACAUAGAAGCUAAACGACAAUAUGCUAGGCAAGUUGCAGAGUUCUUUGAAUUCGUGAAGAAAAAGCAGGAACAAGCUCCAUCCGAGCAAACAAGCAAUGACAAGGACCGCAUGAACCCACAGGUUCCUGAUGAUGUUAUGUUAUGCGUUUGUUCACCUGGUGGAAAGGCUUUGGGCCGCCUCGAGGAUUGA